AUGUAUUUAAAAUUAUUUAUAGUUUAUUUAAUGUGUGCAUUAUCACGGGUUGAAGCAGCAAAUAUUUUAGGAGUAUUUCCUGUACCAUCCAUUAGUCAUCAAGUGGUAUUUAGAAAAAUAACUCAAGGUUUGGCAAAUAGAGGUCACAAUGUUACCGUCAUAACACCAGACCCAGCGUAUAAGAAAGGCGAAGCGCCUCCUAACUACCACGAAAUAGACGUUCACGAUAUUUCUUAUGCAGUUAUACAAAAGUUUUUUAAACUCAAAGCACAUGUCUUUGGGGAUGUUAUGACAUUCAGUGAUAUAAGGGGAUCUUUUGAAUUCAUGAAGGAGACAUUUCAAGCACAGUUGGAAACAAGAGAGGUGCAGAAAUUAAUAUCUGAGAGGCCCAAAUUUGAUUUGAUUUUAAUCGAAUCUGUUAUACGUCUAGGUUUAUCAUAUUCACAUCUGUUUAAGGCACCGGUUAUAUUAGUUAGUUCAUUCACAGCUGUUUUCGAUAAUCACAAUGUUAUGGGAUCUCAAACUCAUCCUCUUUUGUAUCCAAUACCUUUUCGUAACCGGUUUUAUAAUCUCGCGCUGACUGAAAAGUUACAACAAUUAUAUAUUCAUGCUUAUGCUGAGUACGCAGAUUAUUUAAAUAGAGAAGAAGAAGAUGCUUAUUUAAAAGAAGUUUUCGGUCCUCAAUGUCCUUCGCUGAAGGAACUGAAUAAAAAUGUUGACAUGUUGCUAUUAAAUGUCCAUCCAAUAUGGGUAGACAAUCAGCCGGUUGCCCCCAAUGUAAUUUAUAUGGGUGGUAUACAUCAGUUGCCCGAAAAACAGCUACCACAGAACGAAUAA